AUGCUGCAAACGGCCAACGCCUCUGUGUCAUGGAUCCAUCAACCUCAUUCUGCUGUAACUAUGUGCAUUCUAUUUGACAGUGGCAGCCAGCUGAGCUACAUUUCUGAAUGAGCAAAAGAAAAAAUUAGGGUCUGUCCCUGAAGAGAGAGGAGAAGCUACUCAUCAAAAUGUUUGGACAAGAAAACGAAGACUUAAGAGAGUGUGGCAUUGUCAAAUUCUGUGA